UUCCUUUCUCAUUCUUUUUUUCUCUUUUCUUCCACUGUACCAUCGUGCAUCAAAAAAAUGGUAGCCUUACAUCGAUGCUGUUGCUGCUACGAUCGAGGGCUACAACGACGAAGACAACUAAAAUUAGCAUGGACAGUGGUUGUGCUCAUAAUGGCGAUCAUGGUUCGGUCGAUAGAAGCAUCGUCACCAGCAGUUGUACAACCGAUCAAAGAAGUGCUCGAUAGUGAUCAAGGCUACGAUACCGAUUUAAGCGACCCUACUCCAUUUGGUUACAUUUUCCGGAUAGACGCACCCUUUCGUCGCUUCGGACCCGACCAACCAAUCCAUCAACACAACCAUCCAAGAGAAGACGAAGGUGAUGAUCAAUCGUUCCCGUCAUAUGCCAUGAUGGUGUUGAAAAACGUGACAUAUAUUUCAGCCGAGGCACCGAUCUACUUUGAAGGCUAUGUCAGCAUCGAUGCUUUACACCGACUUCGAAAACGAUCCUUGACCAACUCGCCUGUAACGUUCCAGUUUAGCACGUAUUCAUUGAAUCAAGUGUUGGAAAGCUGGUUUCUUAAAUUCCAGAGUGGCAGUGAAAGCAACGACAACAGUGAUCUGCGUGGCCGAAUAACGGAUGUACGUGUUGUGGAACCCAAGGGUAAAAAGGAGGACGACGGCACGUGGCGGCCGUUGGUACAGAUGGAAAUUUCGCCUAUACCUGGAUUGCUACAGGUAUUAUCGUACAAAGAAGGAGUCAAGGAUGAGCCCAUAGAAGUGUUUUGGGGACCAUCGUCAUCAUCAAAGAAGAACAAGGAUUUGGAACUGGUGGUAUCAUCAACUGUAGCAUCAGCAGCAAAGAACAACAAGGCGGAAGCCGCAGCAUUUCAUCAAAUUGUCAUGGGCGAUGUAUUAUUUUGAAAGGAUACUCUUUUCCUAAUUUUUAUGUACAAAACAACACUUAGUACCUCUAUUGCACGUUUACAUACUAGCAUCCAAAGUGCAUAACACUUUUUUUCCUAAUAAUAAAGAACAAUGUCAG